GACGCCGACCGCGUCGGUACUUGAUGCAGGAUACUGUAUUUCGCUAGUUCGCUAGUUUUACUAAUAACUCGUGUAUUGUAAUUUGAUUUUAUAGUUUUAAAAAAACAGCAAGUGCAUUCAUAACAAACUACGGCUGUGGGACUCCUACUGUUAACAGAGGACUACGUGAUUUCAAUAUUGUUAUUGAAAAUACUUUCAUUUUACAAAAUAGCUAAGAAUUUUAAACUUUUUCUAGAAAAAGUUCUUUCUACUAUCUGACCAGGAAACACGGUACUGAAGAAUAAGAAUAAUAUAUUAUGACAAUGGAUAUUCGACCAAAUCAUACGAUAUACAUCAACAACCUGAACGAAAAAAUAAAAAAGGAUGAAUUAAAGAAGUCAUUAUAUGCUAUAUUCUCACAAUUUGGCCAAAUAUUAGAUAUAGUAGCCCUUAAAACGUUAAAAAUGAGGGGACAAGCUUUUGUAAUAUUUAAGGAAAUUUCAAGUGCUACAGUUGCACUGCGAAGUAUGCAAGGAUUUCCAUUCUAUGAUAAGCCAAUGAGGAUUCAAUACUCAAAAACUGACAGUGAUGUCAUUGCUAAAAUAAAAGGUACCUUCCAAGAAAGACCUAAACGGCCUAAAAUGCCCAAGUCAUUGGAAGACAGUAAGAAGAAGAAGAAAGAUGCUAAUAGAAAUGCUGUGCCUGGAUUUGGUCAACCUGGUCACCUUAAUAAUGUUAAUGCGGAGCAACCUCCAAACCAGAUUCUGUUCCUUACAAACCUCCCAGAUGAAACCUCAGAGAUGAUGUUGUCUAUGUUAUUCAACCAAUUUCCUGGUUUUAAAGAAGUUCGUCUGGUGCCCAAUCGGCAUGACAUUGCAUUUGUGGAGUUUGCAAAUGAAAUGCAGUCUGCAGCUGCCAAAGAAGCACUACAAGGAUUUAAGAUUACUCCAACACAUGCAAUGAAAAUUACAUUUGCUAAGAAAUAAGAUGUAUUUUAGUUAAAAUAAAGUUUUAAGUAUA